CCCAUGUCGUUCUUGCAGUCCUGUCGCUGAUCUCUCCUACGGCGGCUGCCCGGCUUCUGCGAGUCCUCUCCCUCCCCUAUGUGUCCGGAUCUAAACGCUUGUGGCAAGCGUUGUUGCAUCCAGCCCUCGCGAUUGCUGGAACCGCACGCAGAGAUGCUGGAACCGGCAACCUCUGGUGCUGGAACCAUCGCUCGCUCGUGCUUUUACGACAAUACUCCGGCGAAGUGGAGCUGGAACCGGCACAUGGCGGUGUUGGAACCGGUGCUUUUUUUUGCUUCUACUGCGCUAGCGAUGCGGGAGCUGCAAGCCGGUGGUAAGUGGAGCUGCGGCCGUUUGCAUCUGAGCCACUGCGGCGCCAUGGGAUGUUGCAACCUCGCUACGAUUAGUUGCAACCAUCAAUGGCGAAGCUGCAACCAGCGGGGGCCAUCCCAUGGCGGUGGUGACCACGACCCGGCGGUGGUGACCAUGGCCGACGGAGGUGCUGUAUCCGCGACGGCCACACGCUGGAGCCAGUUUCUGUUUUUGCUGCAAACAACCUUAAUUUUUGCUACUACCGUCUUCGUAUUUUGCUGGAAGUACCCAAAUUUUUUCUACCACCGUCUUGGUUUUGCUGGAACUGGCGUCUCAUUUUGCUUUCACCGUGUUGUGUUUUUGCUGGAACCGGCGUCUCAUUUUCUUGGCUCUCACAUGUUGUGCUUUUUGCUAGAACCGAUGUCCCAAAUUUUUGCUUCCACCGCGUGUUUCUUUUGCUAGAACCAGCAUAGGUUUUUGCUACCUCCCGUUUUAGGCUGCGAGCGACGCUGCCGUGCCAUUUAAUGUUGCAUCCGACGAUAAGGCCGGCCGGCGAGGGCAACCAUCCGCGAGGGAGACGGCUGAUGAGGGCGGCAACGGGAGACCUUGUGCGGCCAGCGAGAUGAAAGGAGCGGCAAGAUGCGGGGAAUCUUUCAUGCGAGUGCGACGAAGACAUAGUGCAUCUGUCGGUUAGCAUCAUCUAAAUCGGAUGGCUGCAGGCUGACCGGCCCAAUUUGGGCCGGUCGACCGGCGCCUAUCACCCGCCUACUACAAAUCCGCUUGUGUAUGUACACUGCGAUUUUGCGAAUUCUCAGUCAGCUUCGCACCAUAUGCGUUUUACUUUGAUCAAAAUAAUUUCGGAAUUUUUGGACCACUCGUGCCCUCCAACCUGUUGUUGAGUUGCUCUUCAGUCGCCUGCGCCAUACUCCCACUGGAGCACGAGACCACACUGGCACACAUCCCACAGCCACCAGGUGCCGGCCGCCGCCAUGGAAAAAACGAGCAGCUCCUCCAUGGCCUCCCCAGUCCGCUCACCGCCACCGGAGCCGGCCGCGGAGGCACAACCACCUCCUCCUUCUUCGCCCCCAUCACAGCUUCCGGCUACCGACCCCUUUCGCCUCUCGCCGGAUAACCCAAGCUCAGCUCCUCCCCUUCCUGCUGCACCUACAACUACUGCUCCGGCGCCAUCUACCGGCCCCUUUCCCCUCUCGCCGGAUAACCCAACCCCAGCUCCUCCCCUUCCUGCUGCACCUGCAACUACUGCUCCGGCGCCAUCUAUCGACCCCUUCCGCCUCUCGCCGGACAAUCCAACCCCAGCUCCUCCCCUUCCUGCUGCACCAACAGUUACUGCUCCGCCGCCGGAUGGCGCCGGCGAUUCCUCUCCACCGUCGCCUCCCUCGCCUCCAAAGGCUCCAACGCAUCCACCUCUUUCCACCACCGAUCCUUCUCCUCCCCUCCCUCGUCGGAACCAAACAUCCGCGCCGCGGCGGACACCCCCUCCUCCUCCCGCUCGCGCUCCCGCUCCAGCAGCACCACCUCCACCAGUACCGGCGUCUCCGGAAGCUAAACCGGAGCAGGAGGCAGAUGAAGCGCCCGGCGAAUCGGAGAACAUGGCGCUAGCCCUUGCGCUAACCCAAAACGAAGCAGUGAUGCCGCCGACGCCGCAGAAGGACGCGGUCAUGGCUGAAUCCCCGACCGGAUCUCCGCAGAAGGAGUCGGCCCUGACCGUAGCGAAGCUCCUCUCGGCCGAGGACCCCGUGGCAACGGAGGGCAAGCCGGCCGCCGACAAGGUAGCACCUGCGGUAGUCACCGAGUCAGUCGCCGGCGGCGGCGGGGGCGGAGGCGGAGGCAAAGUCGGAGUGGGCUCCAAGAGAUGGCUCCUUAGAGGGGUCCCAGAUAGAGUACGGCUCACGGAGCUGAAGAGGGCUGAGCUAGGGUUUAGGGUUUCAGCUGCCGUGUUCUGCUUGAUCUCGCUCUCCGUCAUGUCGGCUGGCACUACGCCGGGCUGGGCUGGUGACUCCUUCCGCCGCUACAACGAAUACAGAUACACUCUUGCUGCGAGCGUUAUGGCUUUUACAUACUCGGGGUUCCAGUUGGUUGCAGAAGUGCACUACCUUGUCACGGGGAGGCGCAUAAUUGGAGGACCCUGGGGGAACUACUUCAAUCUCGCCAUGGAUCAGGUAUUGGCUUACCUGCUGCUGUCAGCGUCUUCAGCAGCGCUUUCUCGCAAUGAUGUGUGGGUGUCAAGAUUUGGCGUGGAUCAAUUUGCCAAACUUAUCAAUGCCUCAGGCUCAAUGGCGUUCUUAGCUUUCAUUGCUCUUGGUCUGAGCUCCGUCAUCUCUGCCCAUCGUGUAUUCAGCUCAAUCCCUUAAACCUGUGGUGUGCAUUACUGAUGUAAAUAUUAUGCUCUAGAUGUACGUUGGCAUGCCACCUGUCUGACCCUUUUUCUCUGGAACUUAUGUUCCUGGUUGUGUCGCAACCAUACAUUAAAUUCAAGAGACUGUUCAAACACCGGUGGAUGUACAAGCAUAUGAGCUUACUAACUUGGGGACCUAUGAUUCUGUAAUAAAAUGUUAGAGCUCUAAGGGAUUAAAAGGCGUUAUGGGUGGCCACUGCAGUGCCAAUGAUAUGUUCCUGUAUGUGGUGAAAUUUUCCAUUGAUUCCUGUAUGUGCUGAAA